CGUAUAUCUGAUAUUCACUAAAAUAUAAUAAACUAGUCAACUACUUAUGAAAUAAUGCAUGAUCAAUCUAACUUGAAACAUAUAAGAAACAAAGCAAUGGACUGUGACCACAAUUUAGAAUAAUGGCGAUUAACAGAAAAUAUCACAUUCUAAAAUUCAAAUGAUUAAACUGGAUUGGCUAAAAAGGAUUAUGGCGACAUAAGCACACGUAAAAGUCGCUUUCCAAAAAAUUCCCUGCAGAACCCUUAAGGGGAAUGGCUUCGGUCAAGUUUAUGACAAAGAUCCCAACACGUGGAAUAACUUUUUUCCACGAGUGGCUUCUGAGAUACAGAUUACACUAUGUAAUAGCACAAUAUUGAGAUAUAUUCUUAUUAUCAUCCCUACAGACCAGAUCAGCAACAUUGCAAUUCUAUCACAUGAUAGGAAUAUAUUUUAAAGGUAUUCAGGAUUAUACAGUGUGUUCGACUAAUGACCUACAUAAGAAAAUUGCUGAUUUGAUAGAUACCAGAUCAAUUUUGUCGAGUAGAAGUUGAGACUCUAAAUUUUGUCUAAACAAUGAAGGCAUUAAAUACCUCGACCUCUUUAAAAGACGCGGUAAUGAAUUUAAUGUAAUAGGAGACCUUAUGGUCAUUAGUUGAUACCUAGUUUAUCCAUUCCUUGAAUUGUUCGAGUCAAUUAUUUGUACAGAACUUUUCAAAAACGCAUAAUUCAUUUUUCUUUAUUGCGCAUUGUGCAUUGUGUAUUUUCACAUUUUCAAAUCACACUAUUUCUCAGCUACUUUUAGAAACCUAGUCAAGCGUGAUUUGUUUAAAAAUGCGACUUUUGUACUCUAUAUAUUAAAGUGGCCGAGAUAUGGGUUGCAUACUUUCAUGUUUUUAGAAAAAAUAUAUAUCUCAUAAAAUGUAUUUAUGUCUAUCCAAAUAUGAAAUAUAUUUAAAUCCUUGAAACACAUGUUCGAAUCAGUAGUGGAGCAUUUUUAAUAUGUAUUCCUACUGGGUUGGUGUAGGAUGGUCUAGAGCAAUUUUUAAAGCAGUGUUUCUCAAACCCCAUUCAUACAAUUUUGGGCCAUCCAGUGUACGUGAUAAAAUUGCAGCGUUGAUGAAACAUCUGGUAAAAAUGCAAAUAAAUAUGAAACAACCAUUACGUACCGUGUCUCGAACCCAUAACACACUGGAAUAGAGGACGGACUGUCCAGGUUGAGGAUCCUGUAUCUCGAAAACUGUUGUACAGGUAUUAUUUAUUUAAUAAUAGGCCGUAAUUACAAGGAUGCAUUCCCGAACAAAAUUUAAGCAGAAAAGUGUGCCCUUGAUAGUCUAGUUUUCAAGAUACAUGGUGUCAAAGCUUUAUAAAAAAUUGUUUGUUGAGUAUUGUUGUACAUUGCAGUAAGGAGCUUAGUUAGCACUAGAAGAUGAUAGGCUAGGUGACACUUUUUUAAGUAGGUCUUAGAUAGUUUAUAUUCGUUUUAUCAGCCCAAAAAUAUUAAUACUAUUUUUUUGAGACCUAUGAAACCGUAAAACUUAAUAAUUUAAAAAAUAUGUUUGUUUUCGACAGGCCACAAUACUGAACAACAUUGAAGUUGAUGUACCUCAGCCCAGCAUUUGCGCAUUCUGCUUCUACGAAUCUUAUGGCCAUGAUUGUUUGAUUGUUUUUUAAUAAAACGAGAGAACGAGAACUUUUAACGUUGACUAUGACUUUUUUAGCCGUAUUUAGAGAAUACGACCCUGGUUAACGACUGACAUACGUCUUCACCGUUUCAAAUAAAAAUUAAAAUGAUAUUUUAUUUUUUAAAUUGGACAUAUUUCGCGCUUUUAAAAAGUUCGUUUCAUUUUCCUACGGCAAAUACUGUAAGAAAUACUCAUUUACUGCGUGAAAGUUAGUAGCCUAUUAUGAAUUCCAGUGUCAUCUCGGGGGACAGUCUCCACUGUCUGUUAAUAAAAUACAUGUUUUUUCGGAUUAAGCAGUUUAUGAAAUUGCAGUUCUUUCAACAAUGUUUGGGCAUGUAAUGGCGAUGUUUUCAUGUUUUCCUAAAAAAGGAGGGGAUUCGAAGAGAAACUAAAAGUUACAAACAACUUGUUUAAUUAGACAAAAUAUGACUAUUUAAAAAAAAUCAUCGGCGUACAUUUUUUUGUCAACAAUAUUUGCGACACUGUUCCCUGAGACGCCACAAGAAUUCAUAAUUAUGUUAUAGUUAGUGCUAACUUAGCGUCUUAUUGCGAUGAAUAACACUUCCAAAAAAUUCAACAAAAUCAGAUAAGAAGAUCUUUGAAAUACUAAUAAAAAGCAUUUUUUUAAACGUUGACGAACUGAAUUUUGGAAACCAGACUUUUCUACUUAAAUUUGUUUCAGUAAUGCGCCCUUGUAAUUACGGCCCAGCAUUAACACCCUGUAUAUCUACCAUAUAACGUUUUUCAAAAAAUAGUCGAAAAUCAUUCCCCAUACAGCAUUUUAGACUAGAACUCUCUUCUUGAUAAUAAUCGAUCUCUUUCAACGUUUUUGACGGAUACUUUCAAAUCUCCAUAUAGCAUUCCAUUAUCGGUUAUUGGUGCUUUAUUAUUUUAUUUCAGGCUCCGCAGCCGGCAGGGAAGUGGCAAGGUGUCAGAGAUGCAACGACAGAAUGCGAUGAAUGUUGUUCCAAGGCAUUCAAGCAAUUUUUCGGGAAGGAGGAUUGUUUAUAUUUGAAUGUUUUCACAAAACACCUAUCUUCUAAAAAAUUGAAACCUGUGAUGGUAUACAUACACGGAGGUGGAUAUGUGACAGGUUCUAGUAAAGCCGCGAUAUAUGGACCAGAAUACCUGAUGAUGGAGGAUAUUAUCCUUGUGACGUUCAACUAUAGGCUGGGAUUAAUGGGUUUUCUGUCCCUCAACGAUGGCUCUCUCGGUGUGCCAGGUAAUGCGGGGCUCAAGGACAUGGUUAUGGCUCUAAAGUGGAUUCAGAGGAAUAUAAAGCAGUUCUCGGGAGAUCCUAAUAAUGUGACAAUAUUCGGUGAGAGUGCUGGAGGCUCUGCCGUCCAUUAUUUGAUGCUCUCUCCUAUGGCGAAAGGUUUGUUUCACAAAGCAAUAGCUCAAAGUGGAUGUGCUACAAACGGUUGGGCCAUAUCAACAAGACACGGUGCUCAUCUAUUGGCUGAUGUGUUGGGUAUACACGCACACGAUGAAAGGGUGAUAUUGGAACAUCUCCAGCAAGUAUCUGCUGAAGAAUUGUACGAAGCGGCUGAAAAAGUUUGGGAUCCAUUUUAUAUAGGCAGGUACCGUCCAUUCGCGCCCACAAUAGAAACCACAACUCACGAACCCGCCUUCAUAAGCGAGCAUCCCCUGAAAAUCAUCAAAUCCGGACGGUAUAACAAGGUGCCCAUGAUUGUGGGCAGUUGUUCUAGGGAGGGGAUGUUCGUGUAUGCGAUGUGUACGGCGAACAUGAAAAAGAACCACCUUUUGAGCGACGAGACGCUGGUACCUGCUAGUUUGAAUUUGAGGAAGGGCAGUGGGAAGUACAAGGAGGUUGUGGAGCAGAUUAAGAGGUUCUACUUCAAAGGGCAUGAUCCCAAGUCUAAUAUAGACGAUAUUUUUAGGGUCUACACGGACAAUUUCUUUUUUUAUGAAAUUUACAGAUGCACUAAGCUCCAUUUAGAAAAUAAUAAACACCCGAUAUACUUCUACAGAUUUUGUUUGGAAACAGAACUGAACUUCAUGAAGAUUUUGUAUGGAUAUACAGAGAAAGGUGCUUGUCAUGCUGACGAAUUCUCAUACCUUUUCAAAAACAGCGGCACCGUAGAAGUGUCAGACAGAGACAGCCCAGAAAUGAUCGGCAUCCUUCGUAUGGUAAAAUUGUGGACAAACUUUGCCAAGCACGCCAAUCCUACACCAGACAAAAAAGAUCCAAUACUGCCAGUCGAAUGGAAACCGAUCUCAAAGGAACGUUUCUACGUUUUGAACAUCGACGAGGAUUUGACAUUGCUUGAUGAGCAUCCUGAAAAGGAAGCUAUGGGACUAUGGGACACGCUUCACCAAAGAUACAGUGUAACUUCCAAACUGUGAUACUUGUACGCUUAAUGCAGCAUAACAGAUUUGAUAAAAAUAUUUUUUUAUAAAAAUCUAUAUUUACAAUGCAUAUCUUGUUGUUCCUCUAAGCACUAUAUGUAUGUAUAGAACUGUUUAAGAUGAAAGUAGGUUGUUAUUUAAUAUUGUUAUAUAUUUUCACAAUAAAGUUCUCUAUAUUUU